CGGCGGCAGGCGGUGGCCGGCAGUCCCCGAGCGCCGCCGCGGCGUGGAGCCGCGCUGCCCGCCGGCCGCCCCGCUCCGCGCCCGCCGAGCCGAGCCGGGCCGAGCCGAGCCGAGCCGGGCCGAGCCGAUCCGAUCCGAGCCGAGCCGAGCCGGGCCGGGCCGAGCCGGGUGGAGCGCAGCGGACCGGAGCGGGCCGGGGGGCGGCGCCGCGGGGAUGGGCGCGGGGCUGUGAGGGCGGCGGAGGCGUGGGGCCCCGGCGGCCGCAGCGGCGGGGCCAUGGGGAACAUCUCCUCCAACAUCUCCGCCUUCCAGUCCCUGCACAUCGUCAUGCUGGGCCUGGACUCGGCGGGCAAGACCACGGUGCUCUACCGGCUCAAGUUCAACGAGUUCGUCAACACGGUGCCCACCAUCGGCUUCAACACGGAGAAGAUUCGGCUGAGCAACGGCACGGCCAAGGGCAUCAGCUGCCACUUCUGGGACGUGGGCGGGCAGGAGAAGCUGCGCCCGCUGUGGAAGUCAUACAGCCGCUGCACGGAUGGCAUCAUCUACGUGGUGGACUCAGUGGACGUAGACCGGCUGGAGGAGGCCAAGACGGAGCUGCACAAGGUGACCAAGUUCGCGGAGAACCAGGGUACCCCGUUGCUGGUCAUCGCCAACAAGCAGGACCUGCCCAAGUCCCUGCCCGUAGCUGAGAUCGAGAAGCAGCUGGCCUUGCACGAGUUGACCCCCUCCACCACCUACCAUGUCCAGCCUGCCUGUGCCAUCAUCGGUGAGGGGCUUACGGAGGGCAUGGACAAGCUCUACGAGAUGAUCCUGAAGCGGAGGAAGUCCCUCAAGCAGAAAAAGAAGCGGUAAAGCCCACGGGUGCAUGAACAGAUGGGAACACAGACAAAGGAACCGAGGGGGAGAGAGAACCAAAGCGAUCCUUUUUUUUUCCUUUUUUUCCUUUCCAAAUGAAAAGAUGACAAUAGUGGUGAUAACAAUGCAACUCCUGCUAGCCAAACCCAGAUCCUGACUGCAGGCAAGAGCUGGGAUCUCCCUCUCCCGCUCUUCCUUGCCCACGAUCCAUUCCUGGCUGGAGGAGGGGAGCGUGGACCGCCGCGUGCCCAGGGGCCAGCCCCGGACCCUGCGAGCCCCCGGGCUGAGCCAGGGCCUGGAAGCCGUGGAUGGAGAUGUUCUAGCAGGACUAGACAUCGCAGGUGGUGGGGAUGCCAGCAGGCGGCCGGGAUGCCAGCGGGUGCCCGGCGGCCAAGAGCCCGCGGACCGGGGGGGUAGCUCCCGCUGGUGCUCCUCCAUCCUUCGGAGGCACCGAUUGCUUUUCCGUUCCACAGCGGGCCAAGGGAUAAACAGGGCAGGACCCUGUUAAAAGUGCAUUUGAGAGAGGCUAAAUGUGCUUCUGGAUCUUUAACGUGUGUGUGCGUGGGGAGGGCUGGGCCGGAGGGACGUGAAGGGGACUUUGGGCUGAAGGAGUGUUGCUUCUGGGGAUGCUGGAUGCCUUGAGGUGGGAAACUGUGGCGAGCAGGGGGGUGAAGCUGAUGCCCAGACCCAGAUUGCUGAACGGUGGCUGCACAAGGUCAACCUGCGGUGAGGACAGCUCUCAGCCACGCGCCAGACGCCUCCCUCGCUCGCCUUCGUUUGUAGGUCACAGGCCCCAGCGAGAGUGCGAAAGCGGGGUGAUGGCGCCAAUGCAAUAUGGGCGGGGGGGAGAUCGCCGAGGGAAUGAGACCCUGCCCUGCUGCCAGGCAAGGUGCAGAUGAUGAUUUAGGAAGCAGAAUUAUGCUGAGCAAGGACGGACAGCCCUGUGUUCGGGGGGUCGUAAUGAUGCAGCCGCCUUGGGCGAGCUCACCAGCUGUUAAUCGGUGCUGAGUUUUAAGCUGUUUGCUUAAAAAAAGGAAGAAAGAAAAGGUUCUGAGUGAACUUUGCUGGAAGGGGCUUUCCAGGAGUCUUUUCAUUCUCAAAGGCUUAUUUCUAAUGUCUUCUGAAGCAAAACCAUGAGCAGGUCUUUCUUGGGCCCAGGCAGAGGCAUGCUCCGAGGUGCUAAUUUGCUCCCAUCAGGGUGAUCUAAACUAUGUAUUAUUAAAAAAAAAAAAAAAAGAAAAAGAAAAAAAAAGGCUUCAUGCAGCAAUGCAUCGACCAGUCGCCUUGCUGCUCUCUGAAAUCAGUGUGAAAGGUUAGGGCAGUGCUUGUUACGUGGGGGCUUUAGGGGGGCCGUGGAGCGAGGCGGUGCAUCGCCGGCCAGGACAAACGGCAGCCAGCACUGCCCCACAAAAUGGCAAAAGCUUGCAAAAUCUCUGCCGGAAAGGGACUCGGCAGCACUGGGAAAAGGGGAGUAAGGAGAUGGGGAGGGAAGUGUGGGGAGGGGGAGGCUAGCUUUCUGUCAAGAUUUAAACCCUGUUCAAAGCAGAGAGUCACUUGGAGGUGGCUUCCUCGUGGGCAGUCUUGUGCUGGCGGACCUGGGCACAAGGUCGGGCCCCGAGCAGCUUAGCAAGGUCCUUUUGCAGGUGAGCGCUUUGGGGCUGAGCUGGGAGCGGGGCAGGGCUGGGGCCCUGGUGACCAUAAGCCGUUUGGUCUCCGUGUUUUGGCCUGGAACCCAGCUCUCUGGAAGAGAAAACCAGGGUGCCAGCUUUUCUCCUUGCCCAGGAGAGGUGGGAGAACCAGGGGCCAAAUAUCCCGAGUUUUGAGCUACAGGGGUUUCACACUAUCGUGCAGGAGUUCCUGGUGAGCUAAAACCCAGCCUUGCUGCUUGAAUACCCUUGCUAAAACAGCUCCAGAAGGCACCGAGCAUGCAAAGAAAAAUACACCAGGGUUUCAGGGAGUUGAUUCUCCCCUUGCAGCAAUGUGCUCGGUACCUUCCAAAUAGCAUUUUAUUAGAAAACAAAUUUUGCAACCAAGUAGUAUUUCUCCUCCUGCAGAAUUUGAGUUUAUACACGAGUCCUGACUUGUACACUGAGUGAGUGGGCUGGUCCCAUCAGUUCAGGUGGCUCUGUUCACUCUUCUUUGGGUUUUCUUUGCUUUUUCUUCACAUGGAACACUUUGGUACUUGCUAUUGAGAGAUAGAGAGAAAAUAUUUAUUUUUGACACCACAGAAGCCAAAUGCUUUAACCUUUUUUGGAUAGUGACAGAAUUUUAGAGGCAAAAUAUAAAUCUACAUUUUCCCACCAGAUCAAAAGCAAUCAGGUUUCAAAAACAACAAAUGCAGGUAUUAGUUAUGGUUUUUUUCUCCUUACUGUCAAGACUUAGGUCUUGGUUCUGCAGACACUGGCAUCUGCAAGUAAUUUCUGCAAGUUUUGGUGGCAUGCUUUUGCAGAGUUUGGUUUUUUCUGGGAGGUUAAUUACAUUGAUCUCAGCUGAGCAUCUCCUUUGACAAACAGACGUUUUUCAGCAAGUCAUUUAAGCAUGCGCUUAACUCAGAGUGCAUGCUUAAAUAUUCUGCUGAGCAAGGUGGAAUGCUUUAACGGUGCCAUUCCCACUAACUCUGCUUUCUGCAAUAAUUAAAAAUACUUUUCCAAUUAGUAGCUAAUGGCUUCCGUGGUAUUUCUGUAAUGUUUCAGAACCAAAUGCUUCUUUUCCUGUACAAAGACGUGCAUUGCCUGCAGUGGGCUACAAGAAAAGGUGCCUCAGCAAAGUAACAGUUGAAAGAAACUGCCUAGGUUGUUGAUCUGAAAACAAACUGGGGUUUUUGCCAGGUUGUGUGUCUUCUCUAAAUAUGUUUGAAUGACCUUUUUUUAGCAGAUGUCAUGAGGUACCCGUCUCAUUUCCCAAGGUACCUUCAUCAGUGUUGGAAAUCCUGCUGCCCUUGUCUUACUCCUUCCAUUGUCCGUCACUCUCUGUUCCUCCCAUCUUUCCUCUUUUUUUAAAAGAUGCAGACAUAAUGCUGUGAACUGAAAUAAAUUAUUUAUACAAUGAAA